CCGCCGCCCUCACCAUGUCUGAGGAGGACCGCGGCCCCUUCGUGGACUGGGCCCUGCUGGGCGAGACCCCCGAGGCCGGUGCGCCCGCCAAGCUGGACCUGAAGGACCUGAAGCAGCAGGCGCGGCAGGGCCAGUGGUCCCGGAGCCACACGCUGCGCUGCCAGGCCUACCGCCACCUCAUCGGGGCCGUGCCCUGCCGCGCCGUCACCUCGGACGCCGCCGUCUACCGCGACCUCAUGGCCGGCGCCGCCCAGAAGCCCGCCUCGGCCUUCCCGCUGCCCGACUUUGUGGACGACAGCCCCGUGCCGCGCUACGCCCUGCGGGCGGAGGCGGUGGCGUCGGUGCACCGCGUGCUCUCCUGCGUGGCGGGCCAGUUCCCCGACAUCUCGCACUGCCCGGCGCUGCCCGCCGUGGCGGCGCUGCUGCUGCACUUCAGCGGCGACGAGGCGGCGUGCUUCGAGCUGACGGGCCGCCUGCUGGCGUGCAACGACCCCGGCCGCCGCCUGCUGGACCAGACCUACCUGGCCUACCGCUCGUCCUGCAUGACCUUCGGCGACCUGGCCACCAAGCACUGCCCGGCGGCGCACAAGCUGGUGGUGGGCGCGGCGCGCGACGCGCCCGAGGUGUACGGCGACUGGCAGCGCUGGGUGCUGGGCGACCUGCCGUUCGGCCACGCGGCCCGCGUGCUGGACGUAUUCCUGGUGGAGGGCUACAAGGUGCUGUACCGCGUGGCGCUGGCGCUCCUCAAGCUCUACCGCAAGCACAAGGCCGGGGCGGCGGUGGCGGGGGGCGGGGCGCAGCCGGCGCCGCCGCCGCCGCAGCAGGAGGCGGCGGCGGCGGUGCGGGAGGACAUCCAGGCCUUCGUGAGGAACAUCGGCGCGGCGGCGACGCCGGAGAAGCUGCUGGAGAAGGCCUUCUCCAUCCGCCUGUUCAGCCGCAAGGAGAUCGCUCUGCUGCAGGCGGCCAACGAGAGGUCGCUGCAGCAGAAGGGCAUCACCGUCAAGCAGAAACGGCGUAACGUGCAGCUGUCCCUGAACCCCGACACCUUCUCCUCUGAGAUCUUCAGUGCCAAGGAGAUGCGCGAUGUCUGGGCGUGGAUCCCUGAACGCUUCGCCCUGUGCCAACCUCAGCUCGUCUUCACCACCGCCACGCACGGCUGCAGCCUCAACCGGUUCUACUCCCACUGCGAGGGCUAUGAACCCACCCUGCUCCUCAUCCGAACCACAGCCGGAGAGGUGUGCGGAGCGUUCCUCUCCACCGAUUGGGAGGAGCGUAAGAGAGGAGGGAACAAGCUGAGCUUCUUCGGGACGGGGGAGUGCUUCGUUUUCAGGAUGAAGCCCGAGAUGGAGCGCUAUGAGUGGGUGGUGAUCCGCCAUCCUGAGCUGGCCUCCGCGGUCAAGACGGGCGGCCAGGAGGGGUCGGGCGAGGUCGGGGGUCAGAACUCAGACGGCAGCAGCAGCCUGCAACAGCCCGAGAGGCCAGCGGGGGAGCUGUCCCCCUUCCUCGCUGCUCGCCACUUCAACCUCAACUCCCGGAACACGUCCAUGUUCAUGGCCGGGAGCUUUGACUCCAUCAUCGUAGGAGGGGGCGAGGGCAACGCGCUCUACAUCGACUCUGAGCUGAACCACGGCCGCACGGGCAGCUGCACCACUUUCGACAACCCCCCGCUGUGCUCAGAGAGCUUCCAGGUGGCUCUGCUCGAGGUCUGGGGCUUCCAGGACACCAUGGCCUCCGAAUAAACACACACGCACACGCACACACACACACACAUUUAAAUAACGGUGAGGGCUUUCCACAACAGUCAAAUACCUACUGCUCUUACGAUUAUUCAAAACAUGUAUCUUCAUUUACAAACCUACAAUACAAAUCAUGGAAGAACUUUAAUACGUGUUAUAUGUAUUCACUCACAACGCGAGACGUCCAUGGAAAAACAGUCCAAACCAUAGUAACCAAACCAACAUCCGUCCCCAUAAUACGUUUUAAAACAUUGUUUACUAUUAUUUAUUAUUGGAGUACAUUUUAAAAGAAAUUAAUGUUUUUGUAUAACCAUAUAUGUUUUAACAUUGUGUGCAUAUUGUUUCGGUGUCGUGGCACUGGCAUUUACAAGUAUUGAUGUACUUGCAUAAAACUACGUAUACAAUACUACGUAAAAGCAUGUACCAUUAUUCAGCCACUGUUGAUUUGCUGUUUCUGUGUUUCAUGUCAGGUUGUGAUAUGCACUAGCACUGAGCUCGCAUAACGUUCGAGAAGGAAAGGGUGUGCAUUCUGACUAAUGCCAUUAACAAAUGCUACCAUCCUGGAGCUAAGUGUUGUGGUCUUCUAGGGUUGGGUUUGGUGGGUGGGUCUGAUGGGAAGGGCUUGGCUGUGAGAACUCUGUUCUGUGAACGUCUACUGUCAUGGCAGAAGAUGCGAUAAACCAUGAUGGCUAGGUGGUCUGCUUUCAUUUCAUCAUGUGGUUGGUUAUCCAACUACCCAGACAACAGCUCUGUGCGGGAACACCUAGCUAGCUGAAGCUUUGUACCUGUGUUGUAAGGAGACAAACGACUCCCUCUGCAGUACCUAACCUGCGUAGGUUGAGACAAUAGGCUAAUUGUUUUCAUCACAAUAAUGUUUCCCAACAGCAGCAAUCAAGUAGAUGAACCAUCGGGGAGGAUGUGUGGUGAUGCUGGUUUCACCGUGCACAUUUAUUUCUUAAUGCACAACAGGUGUGCAGCCUGCUGAAGGCUGCUGAAACCAGCCGUCAUCCACACACUCCACAACCAUGAACAUAAGUGACAUCACAAGUGGGCGUGUUCACCCAGAGAUACCAGCCUACCCAGUGGACUGUAGUGGGCUGAUCUCUCCAUCAUCCAUCUGCGUGGACACUCUCACUUGUGGCUUUAGGGUCGCUUGAAAUGGCUUUUAAUGGCUAAUCACCAUCACACCUAGUAGUAAAGGGGCCCUUUAAUCAUCAAUCACUUUCCCAGUUAUGUGUUGGUCGUCGAUGGUGAUGCGCGAUGCAUGGGCGGUAUCACGUGUGCUUUCUGCUAAUACUGCUACUUAGUGGUUGGUUAAGCCGUUGGAAUGAGAGACCAGAGGGAACUGGUCUAGUAGUAGGGAUCAGGUGCACGCCCACGCGUGUGUCUGAACCGUCUCUCUUGGGAGAUCCUUGAAGUGGAUUUGGUGCUUUGUUUUUGUGUUCAUAUUGAAUAUCGUUGAAUAUCACUUGUCCUCCCUGCGGCAAGUGUGGGUUCCGUGCUCCCGGUUGUGAAGUGUGUGGGGCGUGUCUAGUUGUUGUGAGGGUGGUUGUGUGAAAAAUGUGUGUGAUUUGUACUGAAAGUGUAAAAUUUUGGAUUACCUCUGCAUUUCAAAUCCAAAGGGAUGGAUAUUCUCUGACUAUUGCACUGUAUAUCUCUGUCUCUAGCCAUCCCUCUGUUAUCUGCCACUCUGGGUCACCUCUCUUUCCUUCUCCCUCUAUCGGGCUCUGAGUCUCGCUAGAUUUCUGUCCCUCUUCCUCCAUCCCCUCAGCUAGUGCGAACCUAUCCGUCCAAAUGUUUUGGAGAAGACCUCAGCCAUGGUGCGGCCGUUGAACUUCACCGCCAUCCGCAAAACUCCUAAUGUAUUGUACAUGCGCUGCAGUCCUAAUACUAUCCCUCCAGUAAAUCUAAAGUCCCUGAUCCCUGCUAGUAGUGUUUGUUGUGUAGAUGUUGAGGACCUUACUCCGCCGUCUCAGCCAUGAGAUAUGGAAACACUUUCACAGUUUGGUAGAAGGAUUCUCUACCAAUAUGUCGACCUGACCUUUGAGCCUCUCUACCACCCAACUUCUUCCUCUGUGCUACAGUUAAGUCAAGGAGGUAUACAUGUUGGAUGUACUGAUAAUGAUGACAUCUAUGUGUAUAGAGUGAAUAUGUCAAUACUGAGAACCUUACCUUGUCAAUACAGAGCUGUUUCAAAAUAAAGGUGGUAUCGGAGAUUUUCCGGAGAGAUCCUUAAUUAUGGCUGAAGACCGAUUUAUGUUCAAAACAUGAUUGGGAAGAUCAAAUGUGUGUUUUUGGACAGAAAUAGGAGCAGUGGAGACAUCAGGAAGCAGAUUUUACCAUGACUAACGUGGAAGUCCAUAACCAGCUGCUGCCUGACUGGAAAAAAUGCAUUUAAAAUGACUCAAGAUUAAGGUUACAAAUAUAACCCUGCUCGCAAGCAAACCCUGUGGAAGGUCAAAAAGACAGACUAUAUGUAAAAUUCCAUGAGACUACUUUUACUAAUUUGUUUCAAGUCACAUACAUUUUAUUCCUACUUUAUUUUCCGUUUAUUUAAAUUAGAUGGUUCAAUUGUAUGUACUAACAGGUGAAAUUGUUCAGCCUAUCUGUAUAUGUAUCUUAUAUGUAUCUGUAUACACAAUUUAAAUGUCCUAACACCUUAUUUUAUUCCAACAUGUAAACCAAUUAGGAUAUUAGUCAUGUAACACUGCAUCACUAUUCUUCUUGGUCAAAACAGUCUCAAUACUACUUUGUACAUUCUCUAUUGCAAAAAGAAGAUAAUGUGUUCAGUGUUGACCAAAAGGACUUCACAGCGCAAGCACUAAAGUACAGUUCAAUGAGUACAUUGUCUCAAUUCCCAUUUCUAGAAGAGCAAAUGAAAAACCGUACAUAGUUCAAGUAAAAAUUAGGAUUUCUUUAGUGUUCAAUGUAUCUCAGUUCACAUACUUCAAAGUCUCUUGGGGAAUAGCCUUAGUAUACCAUAUAUGGGCUACGACUCAAUCCUUUGAGUGGCAUUGACUCAACUCCAAAGUUUUUCAUUCACAAUUCAUCCAUCCUCUGUCCCGCCCCAGGCAGUAAGACGACCUCUCAGUCCAUGGCUUCACCUUUACAGGGGCUCUCUCAGCACAGCCGUGUUGGUGUAGAAGAGUCGGCAAACAAUGCGUAAAGACUGUGACUAAAUAAUUGUCAUAUAGGCUCAACAUAUGGCGAGGGACUGAGACAGCUCGAGGUGGGAAGAGAAGGUUAUUUCAUAGGCCUGUACCCAGUUAGCACACAAAGCAAUUCAUCUGUAGCCAGCAGUUUUAAGUACAAUUAUUUUGAAUAUAGGCUACUCCUGUAUAAGUUCACUGAACGAAGCAAAUUCAAUUUCCAAAGAUCCUCGUCCAUAACCAUCCUUGUCACAAGUGCACAGGCCACAGCUUGGCCUCUGUCUGACGUGAUUGGUUCAAAUCAAAUCAACAAUUGCAAAGCAAGGUGCUUAACAAUUCAAUGAAAAUAGACCAAAUAAAUAUCAAUAAAAGGUUGGUUGAAGAAUAGCAAAGACUAUUUGGCGUUUUUUAGAACCAAUAUCUGUUUAUUUCGAAGUGGCAUGAAGCAAUAGAGGCAUAUCUAUAAUGGCCGUUAAACAUGUGUGAACUGGUUGUGAUAGUGGUUAUCUGCUGAUGCAUGACUUGGCAGGGCACUCUGGCCAAAUAUAUAUUUAAUCAAUGCUAUCUUUAAAGCAGUGGGGAGAAAUCCUGGCUCUUCUGCCAUCAGACAUCAAACCCUUGCGUGUGUCUCAGAUGACGAGGUGGCACCCUGCAGGU